AUGACUCGACGAACACCUCUCUGUCCUCAAGGCUGUCUAGCAUCAUGCAGCGUCACGAAGAUGAACUCGACGGCAGAUAUUGCAUCUCUCGCACCUUGCGCCAAUAGCAAAGCCCGAGCUCGUCUACCUCCCACCAUCAAUCCCAACCCCAAGUCAGCUCUUGACUGGAUCGCGCCACCUCCAGGCUGGUUUUACGGCAACUGGAAGGUGACCUACACGUCCCAACCCACCUAUCUUCCCUUCGAUAACAUGCAAUACGAUUCUUCCCCUGUCUUUCCGCAAUCAGCCACGUUGCCUGGGCAGAACAACGACUUAACUUCGUACCAGACGGCAAAUUCCUCAACCAUACUCACUGUGUAUGGUAUCGAUACACCUAGACGUUCAAAUGAUCCCUCGCUAGGCCCAGAGUGGGAUGUAGUGUACGAUUUUGUGGGCAUGGGCAACCUGGCUGCCAUAAAUAAUAGCUGA